GUGUGGGUUUUCGGUUCUAUAAAAACUCGUUGCUCACAGUUCUAACAAUUCAGUCAAUUUUUUGUAACAACUCCAGUAAGUCAACAGUCAAAAAAAAUAAAAUAAAAAUGGCACUCGAACGUCAAGUACGCGCAAAGGUAUUAGCUAAACGUGAUCCUCAACAGGAGCAAGAAGCCAAAGAAUGGGUCGAGGCUAUUCUUGGUAAAAGUUUAGGCGAUGAGCCAUUUGAAGAUGCUAUUCGUGAUGGAACAGUUCUUUGUCAAGUUAUGAAUAAAUUAUCACCUGGAUCAAUUCCAAAAAUUAAUACAUCUGGUGGACAAUUUAAAAUGAUGGAAAAUAUUAAUAUGUUCCAAAGAGCUAUGAAAGAAUAUGGUGUUGCUGAUAAUGACGUUUUCCAAACAGUUGAUUUGUUUGAAAAGAAAGAUAUGGCACAAGUGAUAACAACAUUAUUUUCUCUUGGUCGUGAGACUUAUAAACAUCCUGAGUGGAAAGGACCAUAUUUAGGACCAAAACCAUCAGAUGAAUGUAAACGUAAUUUCAGCGAAGAAACACUUCAAGCUGGAAAAACAAUUAUUGGUCUUCAAGCUGGUUCAAACAAGGGAGCAACCCAAGCUGGACAAAACAUUGGUGCUGGUAGAAAAAUUAUCAUUGGAAAGUAAAAUAAAUUAUUCGUUUAUAUAGUUUAUUUUUGUUUUACCACCCCCCAUUUAUCAUGACAAGAUAUACUUAUUUAUUAUACCUUUUAUAUAUAAUUCAGAAAUAAAUAUUUCAUUAUUAUUAUAAUUAUUA